AUGCAGUCUGGAGGUCUAGGGAAUAGUAUCCCUGAUAAAGGGUGUCUUUAUAACCAGAUUAGCAGGCAGAACCGGAAGAAAAAAAAUGACGGUGUGAGUGCAAUACAGUUCAUGCGUGACUUGCUAUCCAAGGACGGUAAUAUGUAUGUUGAUUGUCUUAGGGACGAUAAGAACAUAAUUGAUCGAUUGUUCUGGUGUGACGACAUUUCUAAGUUGAGCCAUGAAUUGUUUGGUGACGUGUUGGCUUUCGAUGCGACAUAUAAGAAAAACCAGUACAUGCUGCCACUAGUUGUUUUCUCGGGUGUCAAUAACCACAACCGAUCCACCAUUUUUGCUGCUGCCUUAAUAUCAAAUGAAACAAAGGAGACGUAUGUGUGGCUGUUGGAACAACUCAUGGUUGCAAUGAAGGGUAAACAACCAAGUGCUGUCAUCACCGAUGGUUGUGCUGCAAUGAAAUACGCAAUUAAGACCGUCCUUCCUGAUGCACGUCAUCGACUAUGUGCGUGGCAUAUCCUGAUCAACGCAGGGAGAAAUGCUAAAAACAAGCUUUUCAAUAAGGCAUUUAAGAAUCUCAUGUAUGAUGACUACACUAUGGGGAAAUUCAAAAGAAAGUGGGAUGAAACGGUUGCGAAGUUUGGGUUUCAAGACAAGAAAUGGGUUAAGGACAUGUAUGAUAAGAGGAAAAUGUGGGCUACAACUUAUUUGCGCGGUAAAUUUUUUGCGGGGUUCAGGACGACAUCUAGGUGCGAGGGCUUGCACUUUGAGCUGGGGAAGUACGUGCACUCACGGUACAACUUGAGAGAUUUCCUAGACCAAUAUCACAUUUGUCUGAACUUCAUGCGUUUUAGAGAACUUAAAGAUGACUGUGAAUCCAUUCAUGGUGAAGCCGUGCCAGUAACCAACCUGAAGAAACCUGAAUAA